AUGUCGAACCAAGGCUACUACCAAGGCGGUCCUCAGUACCCACAACAAAGCUACGGCCCCCCAGGCGGCCAAGGCUAUGGUCAACCACAAUAUGGCGCUCCACCACCACAGCAACAAAUGUACUACGGCCCUCCGCAAGGACAGUAUCAACAGGGCCCGCCACCCAAACAGAAGAAGGACAGAGGUUGUUUGACAGCUUGGUAA